GGAAGCACCAGGUGAAGACCUCCACAGAGGCUGAGCUCCGCUUCACUCGCGCUCUCCCGCCGCCUCCAGUCUCCUUCUCCCGGUGCAUCCAGCCGAGUCGCGCCCGACCGCGGUCGCAGUCACUGCUGCAGCCUCCAGAGCCGCGGUUUCUUUUCCAGUGUGUGGCAGCAAGCGAUCAUCCAAACUGAUGAGGAUCGGCUAAUUGACCUUAAAAUAAGUUCCUUUUUUUUUCUUUUUUUUCUUAUUUUUGACGAGCGGAAAGAAUGUCGGAAAGGGCCGAGGAUGACGUCAGGGGGGAGCAGCGCCGAGCGGCCAGGCAGCAGCUGAAGCAGCAGCAGCAGCAGCAGAUCCAGCGGGGAGAAGGCUCCACAGCAAUGGCGACUGUUGCGGAGCGGAGAUCUCUGCCGAGUCCAGAAAUAAUGCUGGGACAGCCGUGGAGCAGCUGGGUGGACGCCGCCAAACUCCACGGCAACGACGGUGCUGAAUCGGAGGAAAGUUUCAAAGACUUGGGGAAAAAUCGAGAAGCCAUGCGUCUGUGCAGAGAAGACAUGCCCAUAUUUGGCCAGUGUCCCGCGCAGGACGACUUCUACCUGGUGAUGUGCAACCACUGUGGUCAAGUUGUCAAACCCCAAGCCUUCCAAGCACACUACGAGAGAAGACACAAUUCAGCCAGCAAGCCGGCCUCCACCUCGCCUUUUCCCGUGUUGGGCAGGAACCGCAGCAGUGCCGGGCUAGGGCCCGGGCUGGGCUCGGUCUCUGUAGCUGGAGUGGCGGCGGGAGGCGUCCUCGGCCGGCCUUCAACUGCAGGAUCCAACUCUUCGACGUCAUCCUCGUCCUCCAAUCCAAAACUCCUCAAACCAGCCAAAGAGAAGCUGCCAGGCAUUCGGAGACCCGCCUACCCUCUCUACAGAAUGCUCCAGCCGGACAAGACACACCUCACCCCGGCUGUCAAGGUGGAGAAGAUGCACCUGAGGGUGGACUCGUCAGCUAAGCUGGUGCAGGCCCUACCUGCUCCCACCACCACCACCACCACCACCACCUCCACCACCUCAUCCUCCUCCUCCACAUCCUCCUCUAGCACCACUGUGAGCUCCAACACUACCACCAUCACCACCACCACCAACUCCACCUCCUCCUCCUCCUCCUCCUCUUCUUCAUCAGCCCUUAAACCAGGCCUUAACUGUCCCUCCAUACCAAAGCCUCAAUUACUGGUUCCGGGUCAGAUUCCCAAUGGCAAGGGCCACCUGCUGGACAAGAAGCAGGACAGCAGCAGCAGUGCCAGUAGCAGACGCCACCUCAGCAAGAGAGUGACAGAGCGUGAGUUCAACGCAGAUCUCCACUGUGGCGUCAUGGAUAUAACGGCUCGGAAACCAUGCACAAGAUCUCUAACAUGCAAGACACAUUCCUUAAGCCAGCGGAGGGCGGUGCCAGGGCGGCGGAAACGCUUUGACACGUUGCUGGCGGAGCACAAGAACAGAACAAGGGAGCGGGACAGGGAGAGAGAGCUCCACCCACCCCAUUCCCAGCAAACCCUCCCUCUCAGGGACCCACACCCCGCCUCCCACCCUGCCACUGCCCAUGACCCCAACCAGGUGGCUCAUGGCAACGGCCCCGCCCCAGACGCCACUAAGCCUUUGCCGCUCGGCAAACCCAAGUUUCACAGCCUUGGUCUUCCACGACUGAACAGCAGUCACGGCAGCGGCCCCCCCGCUGACCCUGCAGUCGUCCACGAGUCGCCGCACCAUCCCCAAACGAACCCCGACGGGUUUUCACGACCCUCCAGCGACGAGGGCGAGAACGAGGAGCGAGAGGACAACGCUGACAAACUGGACUGUCACUAUUCAGGUUAUCACCCUCGACCGGCAGCUUUCUGUACGUUUGGAAGUCGACUGCUCGCGAGAGGCUUUUACUCGUUCGAUCGGCGAUGGGACAAAGUGCGAUGUGCUCUGACCACAAUGAUGGACAAGCACGUCAACUCCCAGAUGUGGAAGAAAAUCCCUAUGGCCUUGGAAAACUCCUCCUCCUCUGUUGCACCAACCCAUAGGACAAGCACAAACUCCCAUGGUAGCACUCCCUCCUCAGGCUUCCUGGGCCCCCCUGCCACUUUGCCCCAGACUCCUUAUAGCCAAUCCUACGAGGGCAAAUCCAUGCUCUCCUAUGGGACCACCUUAAAUGCCCGUAGCUCCCCACAGGGCGGGGUUGAGCACCCGGCCUACGGCACCACGCAGGCCCGACAAGUGUCUUCGUUGCCGCAGAUGCCUUCAGCCCACUCGUCCUCAGCUUCCUCUUCUUCAGCUUCCUCCCUCGCCUCAGGCCGGGUGCUUAAGUCCCGCUCCUCCAGCAGCAGCAGCACUACCAAGUCGUCGUCGUCUUUCAGGCCCAAGGAGAUCUCCUCCGGCUCCUCCAUGGCCGUCAUACCCAACACCAUUGGUGGGAGCAGCAGUGGAGCCAACACUAACAGUAGCAGCACCGGCUUCAGCUCGGGGAAGAAGAGGAAGAACAGUUCGGUCCUCUCUUCAUCUCAUGGCUCCACCGAAUCCUCCUCCAAUACCAAUUACUCCUCCUCUUUCAAGAAGAACUGUGCAAAUGUCAGCAGCUCAGGGAGCACCUACCACCACAGCUCGUUAGGUUCCUCAUCGUCACUGUCCUCCUCCCACAGUGGCGUCCACAGCGUGGGACUCAACUGUGGCCCCAGCGUCCGGACCAACUCGCUCAGCCUGAAGGCCGAGUCUUCUGGAGGCUCGGCGGGCGGCUCCUCGGGGCCUCCUGCCCGUGGUCCUCCCUCAGGCAGCCCUGCAGAGUCCAUCAAACGUAUGAGCGUGGUGAUGAACAGCAGCGACUCCACCCUCUCCCUGGGGCCGUUCGUCCACCACCAGUCCUCGACCGACCACCACACCAGCUUCAGCCACCACGCCUCAGAUGGACGCCUGGAGGGCAAGAAGCGGAAAAGCUCUCCUGUCUCCAGCAGCACCAACAGUGGAGGAGGAGGAGGAGGACCAGGUCGAGCCAAAGUGGCCAAGUCACCUGCCAUUAAUAACAUCCAUGGGAAACAUGGGCGGAGCAUUCCAGGGACGCCAGGACUGCCAAACAACUCGCAUCUACAUCAGACUCUCACUCACUCUCUCUCUCAUGGCUCGCCAAAAUAAAGCUGCUCCAGCUUUGCCAACUUGUAAACAAAGGUGGGUCAGGGCUCGUGAAGCAGUGACGGUGUUUUUCCAGCUUUUCAUUUUAUUAUUUUUAUCAUUUUUAUCAUUUUAACCUCGAUGGGCAGAUGUGAAUUGUAAUAUUCAGGUAUGUUAGGUACGUCUUAACUGGAACAAACUUUAUGCACCGCCCCCCGCCCCCCGACUGUGUAACCACUAUCCAACGUUGUUUGAGAUGAUAGUGCAGGGAUUUUUGAUUUGAUCUGCCGCUUGCUUAAGGUCUAUAUUAUCUUAAAAACAUGUUGAAUACUUUAUCUCACUGUUAAAGAGUGUUUAACGAAUGUUUAACGGCUUUUUCCUGCUGCACCAAACCCCAUAGAGAAAACCAGCGUUUUAAUCUCACAGGGACGCAGGGGCCGCUGCUCUAUUGCUGCCUCAUUUGAUGACUUUGUGUCACGCGUGUAAAUCUGAACAAAGCUUUUCAAACUCCAAAAUCACUAAAUAACGCGGUUGAUGUUACUGACGGAGGCAGCAGCGGCUCAACUACCUCCAGUGUGCUGUGAACUAAAAACGCUGGUUUUCUCUGUGGGGUUUGGCGCCGGGGGAAAAGUGAGUCAUUUUUUUCCCUUGACAGAACAAUUCUGUCUUAACAGUUGGAAAAAGCGGCAAAGAAUGAAGAUUUUAUUAUUUUUAAGUGGCUAAAAGAAGAGCCCCAUUUUAACGCCGUGUGUUUGUUUGCGUCACACCCACAAACCAAAAACCUGAACUGUCCCUUUAAGUUUCAACGCCUCGCUGUAAAUGUAUAUUUGUCUGAAUUGAGAAUAAGAGUCGACGUCGCCAGGCUUUUUUUUAAAAAUUCCUUUAAGGUAAAUGUUUUGGUCUUCAAUGAUCGGAUACUUUCCCGGUGAUUUUCACGUACGUUUGCGCGUUCUUUUGCGUACGUGUCGUGUUUGACGGUGCAAGAUUCAUAGAGAUGACUUCAUAGGACAUUAUAUUUGAACUUCUUUAAUGUUUUGUUGUUUUUUUAAAACCGAAGCUCCAGUCAUGUCAGAUCGUGUGGAAAAGUUAAAAAAAAAAAAUCGUAAUUCAGCCUCUUUUUUUUUUCUCCUCGUAGCCUGAUAAUCAAACGAGUAUAGAAGUUUUCCCCCUUAUCUGAGAAUCACAUAUUUUGUUAACAAAUUGUACAUAGUCAAAUAUGUAUUUUUGCACAGGAAAUGUUUUCUUACAUUUUUUGGUACUUUUUUUUUCAAUUUUUGAAAAAAAGUAAUUAUUUAUUUACGGGGGACGGAGAGUAAAGUAAAGAUAAUGAAAAGUCAAAAACAACGCGACUAUUUUGAAAUGAUUCACUGCCAAGUCUAUAGAAUGCAAUAUGCCUCUAUACAUAUAUAUAAAUAUAUAAAUAAAACAGAAGCUGAAGCGUCUCAUGAAUCAUGGACGGAAGAGCGGUGAAAGUGUUGCCACUGUAACAUGAAAAAAACGAUAUUGUUCAGCGAUCAAGGUCUCGAUCACGCGUUGCUUUUACGAAACAUUUCCGUUGCCCGUGAAUCAACUCGUUAAAAAGAUAAGGAUUUCGGAUGCCGCGGCUCAUAUUUUUUAUUUUUUUCCCCUUAAGGAGUUUCCUGGCGUUUGAAACCCACGUCAGUGAAGACGUCGUGUCCUCAAAAUAUCCGGUCACUUCACAUCGUCGUUGCCAAACGAGUCAUCAUCAUUUUUCUUUUUAAAUCAUCGAAUUAUAAAUAAAGUGCCUAAAUUAGUUUCACUGCGACUGUUUUUUCGAGGACAGUAUUUCUUCUUUGCGUUGUUUCGUCUUUACUUGAAUGUUCAAAGUGUUUCGGGAGUUUGUCGUUUUUAACGUCUGCCUAACAAUCGACAAAAGACUUUUAUAUGAUUCGUAAACUCUAACCAUCACAGCGGUCUUGUCGUUAAGUAGGGCUGUCAAAUCUUUAUGUUGAUUGUAAAAAUGAACGGCUAACUCUGUUGCGAAGAAGAGAGAAUACUUCAACCAAGAGCCAAACUGUAGCCAAAGCGCCCUCUGCUGGACCAUGUGGUAAUUACUUGAAACAGUGCUGCACUUCUGAGCUGUGUCCACGUGGAAACAGAACUUUCCCUGUACAAUUUUUUUUUGUUUUGUUCUUAAGGUUUCCCAUAAAACACGGCAUGGACUCUAUAGUACAUAUGUCAGGCCUGUAUGUGGCGCUGUAACACUGCCACAGAAAUGCACAAAAAGGUGCAUGCAAGAUGCAAAGAAGCUUGCGAUUUUAUUUUCACGUUUAACCAAAACUUUGCAUUGAAGUGCGGCGAUUCCGACGAAACGAUACGUAGAUUUUGGGAAUGGGCUCCGUGGUGUUUUUUUUUUGUUUGUUUUUUUGGUCUUUAGCAUAUUUUUAACAUCCUUUCCUUGUGUUGCGUAUUGGUUGCAAUCUCUUUUUUCACACCGGGGCCACCGUUUGUUUUUGUUUUUUUGUUUUCAAUUGUUUAGUGUGAACGGGCUCCUUGCAACACAUGUCCGACUUUGACAGCCCUACUGUAUCGAGAGACUUGCCCCACAAUCAUGUGACCAGCGUGACGAUUGGCUGAUGGAAAAUUUGUUUUUAAGGUGUAAAUUGAAGAAAAGAGGCGCUCUGUAGCUGGUUUAACUACAUUUACUUCAGCUUGAACAGACUUUAAGAUAAAAAGUUGACAGCCCUACUGUAUCGACAGAUGUGUGCCACGCUGAUUAUACGUUAUUAGUGUUAUUACAGCAUUAAUUGAUGUAAAAGAGCGAAUCGGUAGAAACAUUUGGUUGUAAUACACAAAACAAGUUGUCCCUGCGCUGUUUGAAACACUGAGUCUUUUAUUUUGUUUAUAUAAAAAACAUCGGCCUCAGUGUGUGACUGUUUCUACACAAAGAACGUUCAAUCAAGUGUUUUCGUUUACCCUCAAACGCCACUGACAUCUUGACCUUUAGUUUGUUCUUAAAUCAGCAGCAUAGACGUGGAAUGUGACAGCUGGUGUCUCGGGGAGGGCAGAGAGUCAAGCCACCGUUCAAACUCUGUAAAAGCGUGUAUAGAUUUCCUUUUUUUUGUAUACAUUAUCAGAAUCAUUUUCAGCUGGACUUGUAUUGGCUGCUAUGUAAUUCAUGAACAAAAACUUAUAGGUUAGAAUUAAUAUUUAAAAGAGGAAUAAAGAUUGUAUAGUAUAUUUGUUUUGUAACAAGUUUCUGUAAAUAAAAAAUAAUUUAUACUGCUAUUUAUA